CGCUCCCGUCCCGCCAUGGGACAGAAAGCAGAAGGCCCCGAUGGACAGACAGACCGUCCGGCGGGCAGGGAAGGCUGCGGGGGAGAUGCAGCGCGGCUAGUUAGCAACUCCCCAGGACCACCCACCCCGGUUCCUCCCAGGGCAGAGCGCGGUGACACCGCGGCAGCCGCCACGGAGAGGACACAGGACCCCCCGCUGGGCCCACCGUGCCCCUUCGAGGGGGUAGCCUGGACUCCAAGACCCCCGCAGGGCCGCCCACAGGACUGCUUUGCCUGCAUUGCCAAGCCCCCGGCCCUCCAGCAAGCUUCACCUGUCCUGUCCCCUUCCUCUGCCAUUUAUCUCAUGGAGAGCAAGAGCUGCAAAGGGGACAGCCUGAGGCCAGCAGUCCCAUGCAAGCACUCGGUGGAGAAGAAGACGAUGACCAACCCCACCACCGUCAUUGAAAUCUACCCGGACACCACUGAAGUGAAUGACUACUAUCUCUGGUCUAUCUUCAACUUCGUAUACCUCAACUUCUGCUGUCUCGGCUUCAUCGCCUUGGCCUAUUCAUUGAAAGUCCGGGAUAAGAAACUCCUCAAUGACUUAAAUGGAGCAGUCGAAGAUGCCAAGACAGCCCGGCUUUUUAACAUCACCAGCUCAGCCCUUGCCACCUUCUGUAUCAUCCUUAUCUUCAUCUUCCUGCGAUACCCCCUCACUGACUACUAGAGUGAGGCCAACAGCAGCGGCUGCCGCCAAAAUGCCUCUUUGCCAGAAGUGUCUGCAGUUGUUUCUUGUAGCAAGGACGCAAAAAAGAAAAAAACACACUCCAACUUGAUUGUAAAACAAAAAAAAAAGGCAAUUAAAUACAGAAAUAAAUGAGCUGAUCGGCCCAGCUGAGCAUACCCUUCCUGCCCCCAAACAGUUUGUGAACUGCUGUAGGAAAGGGUCUUACUCUUACACAUGUAUAGGGAGAAAAAUAGACCAAGAAAUAUUUAUUUUAUGGCCAACAAGCUGUGUGACAAGAGCCUGCAAAGCCGAGAGCGUCGCAUGCCGGGCAGCAGAAAGCUGAGCUCUGGGGAGCAACAGGGUCCUGCUGAGCAGGAGGUGUGUGCAGUGAUGGAUGGUGACUGUGGCAGGGCUGGCUCACAACAUAUCAGACGUGUUCAGACCACCCCACCACCCCUGAAUGUACAGGUGUUUGUUUUCCUUUUCCUCUCUUGAGUUUCAUCCACUGGUUCAAACAACUCACAACCUCUGGAGAGCUGAGGGUGUUAGGAAGUUCAUGCUAGGGAGCCCCAAAGACUCCAGAGAAGCCCCAAAGCGUUAAAGGGCAGGUUUCUCCUCAGGAUCUCCCGGCAAUGCUGAGAAGGAAGGCACCUUCUGAAGAACUCACCUAAGCCCCCUAAACCGAGUGCUACUGUAUUUCUGUAAACAAUCAAUAAAGAUACCUCUGAUAUCUGA